AUGAUACAAGAUAUCAUAAGUUUCUUAAUUUGUACUUCUUUGCUUAACUCACUCUCAUUACUAAUAGGCCAGCUUCUUGGGAUUGAUGCCACUACGGUCCAUUUCAAGAUUGUGGGGUUCCUUGACAAGUGUGUCGCAAAAAAACCAAAAGCUAAUCCUAAAAUCCUCAACGCUCGCAAUUUCCCCUUUUUCGACGACCUCCAAUGCAAGUGCAUUGCUAUUCACAUCCUCACACCCUUCAAGCUCUACGAGACCGCCCAGUCACUCGCCGAGGGUGUCGCCGUAUAUUUCCCGGAUGAUGCAAAGGGAAUUUCGCUUUUUGAAUACCUCAGGAAGUUGUACCACUUGUGCAAUUCGAGCUCAGCGGUAUUUGAUUUAAUGGUUAAGUCGUACUCUAAUUUGAAAAUGAUAGAUGCAGCUCUAAAUAUGAUAAAUUUAGCUAAAUCUCACGGGUUUAUGCCUAGUGUAUUAUCGUAUAAUUCUGUUAUUGAUGCAAUAAUUAGGGUUGCGGUGAAUGAAUAUGUUGAGCUAGCUCAAAAAUUGUGUCAUGAUAUGAUAAAUUAUGGGGUUUCGCCUAAUGUGUUUACCUAUAAUAUAUUGACUAGGGGGUUUUGUGGAAAUAAGAAAUUGAGUAAAGGUUUAGAAUUUUUCAAGGAAAUGGAGAGAAAGGGCUGUGUGCCAAAUGUGGUUACAUAUAAUACUUUAAUCAGCACUUAUUGUAAAUUGGGGAAUAUCGAUGAGACUUUUAAAUUGAUGAAAUUCAUGUGGGAGAAGAAUUUGGAGCUAAAUGUAAUUAAGUAUAAUUUGAUAAUUAAUGGGUUGUGUCGAGAUGGGAGGAUGAAGGAAAAGGUUGAAGUUCUUGAGGAGAUGAAGAGGAAGGGUUUGUUGCCAGGCGAGAUUACCUAUAACACACUCGUAAAUGGGUUUUGUAAAGAGGGGAAUUUUCACCGGGCACUUGUUGUUCGUGACGAGAUGGUUAGGAAUGGCUGUCUCCCAAUGUUGUGA